AUGGACACAUCGCUGCCUGCCGAGCUGCCAAGUAUCCUAGAUGCCGAGGCUUGCUGUGGCGCAUGUUUGCUGCAGCUCAAUGAUGCUGCGGUCGACGGAGUGGCGGAGGCCUCUGCGUCCGUGGCAAGCCGCUGCUCCGAACGCUUGCGGUUGCGAGCAAAGGUAGCAGCAGCCCUCGAGGGCUGCCUGCAUCUCUUCCACUUGCGGUGCAUCCAAGUUUGGGCUGGGGUGGAGAACUCUUGUCCACAGUGCCGCUUACGGUUCCGCCGCUUCGGCGAGUACAGCCUUGUGUCCGGUCAGCGAAGGAGAAUAUGUGAAGUGCAGCACCGCGAUCAGGUCGGCGACUCCAGUGGUGAGUCUGAGAUCACGUGCGAUGUGUGCGGUGGAGCGGGUCAGGCGGAACUAUUGCUUCUCUGUGAUGGAUGGCGAGGGCGAUGCCCUGGCGCAUGCCAUACCUUCUGCGAUGGCUUGGGCCGGACAGUUCCCAGUGGACGAUGGUUCUGCCCGGCAUGCCGCAGCCGCCAGCACGCUGGCACUCCCCGACCCGCCCCCAAAGAGCGCCCAUGGCAAGGCAAGGGACGUGGAAAGUCGAGACAUGCGCGGCAAGCUGAGGCCUUGCUUAGCGCACAGGUCCAGCAGGCAAUGUCCUCGGCCGACUCCAGAACCGGUGUGACGGCAGCUGUCGAAGAAUCGGAGAGCUCCGAAACUCGGCCAACGAAGCGGCCGCAGGCUUCGCCAAUGCAGGUUGACCUGAAAAGAGAUCCCACCGAAGCCAUCAGCACGCAGUCGAUCAAGCUGGAAGUUAAUGCCCCCAAUCUCGCGGCCGCGGCAGAGAGAGUGCCUUCAAGACAUCCUGCAGAGCCGGGGCUUUUGGAGCUGGGCGGUUUCCUCCCGGAAGAGACACCGCCACCGCACGCCUUCGCCAAGCUGAAUCCGAGCCAUGCGCCCAUCGACCUGGACAGUGAUGAGGCCCCGGAAGCACCACCCCCACCUCGCCGUCCAUACAGCAUCCUCCAGCUCCCCUCGGAAUUUGAGGCCUGCGCGGAACAGCUGCGCAAAUUUGCCUCAACCUAUUUCCUGUGCGAGCGCAGCAUGCCCCUGGCAGCUCGCACUGCAGAACGCAUGUGGCAGCUUUCGCAGGUGGGGGACUGCCAACGUGGACUGGCAGAUGACAUCGAGACUCGUUACCGCCAGCUACUCCAUGUUGCGAGGGACAGCUUCGAACUGUUCUGGCAAUCGUCGUUGGAUCCAGCUGACGAUGACCCAUGCGGGCUGCGGUGCUUGCGGAAGAAGGAGCAGCCUCUCCUGUGUGUGCGCUACAAAGGCAGGCGCGGGAAGCGAGGCCGCAUUCGACCCUCAGACAUUGUCCGCUGUGAGCUCCAGUGCCGCCGCAGGCUGCUGGAGGUUUUGGAUGGCGGUUGUGGCCCUGGAUCAAUGCUACCACUUUGCGAACUGCCUCCCCGGGAGGGAGAUGCCAAACAGCAAUGGCAAAAGCACCCAUUCGCUGAGUGUUCCAGCGGGCGUCGAGCUUUGCCAGCAUCCGAGGAAAUCCAAAACCUUCCCCGGGCGGCGCAACUGCAAGGUUCGGGGCAAAGUCCAGAUCUGAAGAUGGAACUCCUUUUUCUGCACAGAGGCGACAACGUACCACCUGCUCGCGCGGCCGUUGCUGUGGACAGACUCCCAGGCACCGCAGGCACCGCAAAGCCACAGCUGGACGGCAUGAAUCUUCUCGAGAGCCUCAAGGCGGAGCCUUGGUAUGUGGGCCAGGCAGUGCAUGUGGCACAAUUGGGAUCGCGAGCCGCGAGUUUCGCCUACCCAAAGGCACAGCUACACCCUCUUUUGAAGGAGGUGCUGCGCGGAGUCUUGCAAGAUGCGGCCUCUGAUGGCUUGAAGCUGUACAGCCAUCAGGCAGAUGCCAUUGAUGCCAUCAUGAUCCAGAACAAAGAUGUGGUGAUCAGCACAUCUACCGGGAGCGGAAAAUCUUUGGUCUACGUGGUGGCCAUUUUUGAGGCCCUGCUUCGGGAGGAGAACGCCACAGCCUUCCUGAUCUUUCCGACCAAGGCUCUGGCACAGGACCAGCUUCGCUCUUUGAGCAGCGUGGCUCAAGGGCUUUCCCAGCGUGGAGUUGCACCGGAGAGGCUCACGAUAGCUUGUCUGGAUGGUGAUACUCCCAGCGCUGAACGAAACCGCGUUCGACGCGAGGCCCGGGUCGUGCUGACCAACCCGGCUUCUUUCCGGCACAUUGAAGUGUUCAUGGGCCGCAUGGGAUGGCAGUUGUGUAUAAACGUGGCCGAGGACAUGCUGCACAGUCAUGUUCUUCCCCAGCACGUGGAGUACGCUCGGCUGCUGCAGAAUGCCCGCUACAUCGUGCUGGACGAGGUCCACAUCUAUCGCGGAGCCUUCGGAGCUCAUGUUUGCAGCAUCAUUCGGAGGCUCCGUCGUCUCGUUGACGAGGCCUCCCUGCGUUUCGUGGCUUGCUCUGCAACGGUGGCCAAUCCAGGAGAGCAUGCACAGCGCCUCUUUGGCCCCGGCCGAAACGAUGUGGCAGUCGUUGCACGAGAUGCAUCGCCUAGCGGUGGUCAUGUCUACGUUCUAUGGAAUCCGGCAUCCUUGGUCAAAGGACCUGCAGUUGCCAAGCACCAGGAGGCGGAGUCCUCACCUCCAGCGUCCAAGCGGAUGCGCACCGAGACGACGGCAUCAUUGGACGCUGUGCAGAUUGGAGACGGAGAGGAGACGGUGUUGGGAAACUACAACCAGAGUCUGGCAUCGCCUAUUGUAGAAGUGACACGCUUGCUCGCGUGGCUAGUUUCUCGCGACGUUUCUGUUUUGGCCUUCUGCAAAUGGAGGAGUCUUGUAGAAAUCGUUCUCCAGGAUGUCAAAGAUGCCCUGAAUGCAAGUGAGGCUCCUCAGCUGAGUUCCCGUGUCGUCUCCUACCGCGCUGGCUACCCUGCCCAUCUGCGGCGCCAGUUGGAGCGAGACAUCUUCUCGCGCCAGGUCCUUGGAGUUGCCUGUACAAACGCACUCGAGCUUGGCAUCGACAUCGGCCGUUUGGACUGCACCAUCUCUUUGGGAUUUCCGGGCAGCGUGGCAUCUCUCCGUCAGCAAUUUGGCCGGGCCGGGAGAGCAGGGCAUCCGGGGAUCUCAUUCUUUGUUGGCUUUGAAGACCCCGUCGACCAGCACUUCAUGAACCGACCGCGGGAGCUUUUGGCACGACGCCCCGAGUCUGUGGCCGUUGCACCCAGCAAUCCAGCUGUGCUUCGCGGCCACUUGCCGUGCAUAGCUUCUGAGCGAAAGAUCAAGGCCGAGGAUGCCAGGUUCUGGCACGAGGGCGACGAGAAUUCAGCCUGGCAAACGGCAGUGCGGAAGUGUAUUGCCGAUGGAGAUUUGGAAGAGCAGCGCGAGGACAGUGGUCUUGCCCUGGUUCCAACCCGCCGCUGGGCCACACGUCCUGGAGGACCCCACAGAGCCGUUUCCAUCCGUGCCGUGGAGGACCACUUCGAGGUGGUGGAAGAAGUGGCAUCGCAGGAGGCACCGGUCCACGAAGAAGGCGGCUUCCUGCAGGAACAAAGUCGAAGCUCGCUGGCGGCCGGCACAGUGACAGCUUUCCGCAAGCUGGACGAGAUCGAUAUCUCUAAGGCCUUCUACUCGCUGCAUCCGGGCGCAGUCUAUCGUUACCGCGGUUCCGAGUACUUUGUCACGAAUCUUGAUCUGAAACGUCGCCGUGCGACGGUGAAGAAAUGUGAGACACCUUUGGCCUAUUACACCCGGGCCUUUGAUCAUACCGAGAUCCGGAUUCACACACGCGAGAAACACGCAACCUCUGGCCCGGCGAAGCUUUUCCUGGGUAGAGUGGAAAUGGAGAGCCGGGUGAAGAGCUUCAAGAGAUUCUGGAAAUCACAAGACGUGCAGCAAGAUCCUGAAGUUGAGCUAAGUCUGCCGAGCUGGGGUUAUUGUACGCGCGGCUUGUGGUUCGAAGAUCCCGUGGGCAUCGCUCGCCGGCCUGCCGCUUUGAAAAGAGAGGCUGAAGCUUCGAGCGAAUCGGCGCAGUCCGGAGAGCAGUGGCAAUGGGGCUGUGGGUGGGCUGGGGCACAUGCUGCCAUGCAUGCACUGCUUCAUGUAAUUCCGCUUUUCGUCUUGGCGGAUCGGCGAGAUCUUGAUGCCGCUUGUGUGGAUGAGCACGAGACGCCUCCAAUGGACCACCCGCGCCUCAUGAUCUUCGAUGCCAAGGAUGAGGGCCUUGGCCUGUGUGAUGCGGCCUUCUGCCACGGCUUCGCGAUGCUCCGAGAGGCACGGCGCCUGGUAGAGGACUGCCCGUGUCAGCACGGAUGCCCCUCCUGCAUCAUCGACCCACAUUGCCGAGAGUACAAUCGCUUCCUGUCCAAGCGUGGGGCCCUCGCAUCUCGGCUAUGCAUUCUCUGA